CGGUGCGAUGCAUUUAUACGGGCGGCCUGUAUCUAGGCGCUUCAGUCUCUGCUUGGGACCCGACCGCGCGAGUAUGGGGUGCGCGUAUACUCCGCGUAACGUAUCAUACGGUAUUGCUGUUUGAACCGCGGACGAAUCAAACGACCCCGACGUUGACGUUUUGACAGAAGAAUUAGAAAAAGAAUAGAGGAGGGAACGUUGCUGCCCCCUACGUUCUCCGUUUCACUCUUUUUCUCUUUCUCUCUCUCUCUCUCUCUCUUUCUCUCUGUCUUUUCCUCUUGUUGUGUUUCCGCGCCUCUCUCCCUCUUUCCCCCUGCAUGGCUCCAAAAGCACUCGUUGAUUCUUGACAUCCCCCAUACGCACCCCGAGACGACUGCGACUUUUGGCGCGAGCGCGCCAAUAAUCCGCGUAUGUCGCCGGGAAAUCCACCGGCGCGACGGACAUUCGAUUUUCCGCUCGAUGAGUGAAGCAUCCGGCUGCUAUCGUUGCCGUCGUCGUCGUCGUCGUCGUCGUGGAACGAGAUCGGGAUCAGUGAGUACGCGAGCCGAUUCGUCGCGCUUGUGAUUGUUGAUCCAGUGGUGGUGCGGGAAGGAUCUCCUCGGAUUCCCGGUGCAUAAGAACAUAUCGGGCCAUGGCGGUGCUACUGGAGGCAAGAUCGUACAGGCCGUUCAGGUCCUCGGACGAGUACCUGUUGGCGAUGAAGGAGGAUCUGGCGGAGUGGCUGAAUGCUCUGUACCCGGAGCUCCGGAUCAAUAUUGACAAUUUUAUGGACCGACUGGACACUGGUGUCGCGCUAUGCAAGCACGCAAACAAUGUGCGAAAGGCGGCGGCCGACUAUGUGGCUCGUCGUCAGGCCCGCAAGAUCUCGAUGACACGCUCGAUAACCUCGGCCUUGGCGCUUCCGAUGAGCCAGUUGAGCGACGUGGCCUUCCUGCCGAACGCCAAGGCCGGCACCUUCUUCGCCCGCGACAAUGUCUCCAACUUCAUCGGCUGGUGCCGCAAUAGCCUCGGCAUCAUCGAGUGUCUGCUCUUCGAAACCGACGACCUGAUAAUGCGCAAGAAUGAGCGGCAUGUGAUACUAUGCCUGCUGGAAGUGGCCCGUCGUGGCGCCAAGUUCGGCAUGCUCGCGCCGAUGCUCGUGCAGAUGGAGAGGCAGAUCGACCGCGAGCUCGCCGCUGAGAAUAAGGCGAACGGCGCCAGUAACGAGGACAGUGACGACGAAUACGCCGACGAUAUGCAGGAAGAGGUGCCUUGCCUCAUAUACGGCCCGCAGCCGCAGAUCGUCACGAAUGAUCUGAAGAGCCUCGACGAGAUGGUUCGCGAUCUUGUGGAGGGUUGCACAUGCCCUACACAAUUUCCGAUGAUUCGCGUAUCCGAGGGCAAAUACCGGAUCGGCGACACCAAGGUCUUAAUCUUCGUCCGGAUACUGCGCAGUCACGUGAUGGUGCGUGUCGGCGGUGGCUGGGACACUCUCAGCCAUUAUUUGGACAAACACGAUCCGUGUCGAUGCAGAACUUCACAUCGCUCGAUGAUCUCAGCGAAGCUCAUUCAAAAGGCCGGCGCGUCCUUCGAUUUGGGUAGUGCGCAGGUACAUUAUGAACGAUCACCUCCGAGAACGCGACGGAGUUCCGCGUCGAGCAUCGGUUCGUGUGCCGGCACGAUGCAGGGCCCGCAAUCGGCGCAGCUGCACGCACCCAGAAGCAUUUCCAGCAAUCGAUCGCGAUCGCCCACACCUCAUCAUGCCGGCAGCAAACAGCAGCAGCAGCCGCAGCAACAGUCAAGCGACGAACAGAGAAAGAUAAAUCGUUCGAGAAGUCCCACGCCACAAAGGAAAUUCCUGGCGAGUCCGAAUCACCAGGCCGAUUUGGGGAAGCAGAGAUCAAGGUCGCCGACGCCCAGGGCGAAUCUGAGAUCGAGAAGCCCGACGUCGCGAGCGGAACUGAAGAGCGGCAGCGCGGUGUCGCCGACGAGUCAUGGGAAAGCUCAGGAGAACGGCCGAGACGUCAAUAAGAAGCAAGAGCAGCAACAACAGCAGCAGCAGACCAAGCUGUCGGAAGAUUUCAUGAAGCGUUACAUCGUGGAGGGCGGCGUGGCGCGCAGGGCUGUCGAGAAGGACGGCACGCCAAAGUACGAGCCGGCGAUUUAUAACUACAAGUGUGGCGAGGACUCGAGCAGCAGUCGUAGCCCGACGCCGAGUCCGCCCGCGAACAAGCAGGAGCCCGUCGAGCCUUUCGGCAACGAAGCUCGCCAUUGCCAGAAAUCGCCUCAUGGUGACAGCGAGCACUCGGACAACGGCAGUGAGGUCUCCGACGAAGGUUACCGCAGUCUUGGUGCCGUCCAGUCGUCCAUAGCUAAUGGUAACUCCGCCAGCGCGCAGAGCUCGCCCACGGUUGCCGAUUGUCAAAAGCAACCUCCAAAGGUAGAAUCCGAGGAAAGAUCUUGCGUGGACACCGACAGUAUCGAGACCGGCCUGCGUAAGACCCGACUUCGCUCUUCGAGUCCUGUACGGAACUACCCGCUGCCAAGAAACGACACGUUCUCAUCGGGUGAGAAGACACCUUGCGCUGGUUCUAUCAGCAACUUGUCCAAGACAUCAUCCGGCAGCAGGACACCCAGAGACAGUAACUCUAGUCCCGAGGGCAGCCCAUUGAACCGAGGGGGUUACAGUCUCGCUUCCCGCAACUGCGGAAGCUUACGGAAACCACCCACGGUGACCGGAAGCAUUGGCAAGGCGUCUUCGCCGAUACUCAAGUCCUGCAAAUCACCGCUCAGUGGCAGCAACACGUGGAACGGCCGCCAAGCUAAGAAGAGGCCCAGUAUCCAAUCGGACACUUUCAUGAGCCCUCAAGCCACACCAGCAGCGAGCGCCACGACCCCAAAUUUCUCCAGGAAGAGUCCAGCCAGGCAAAGUCUGCCCAGACCUAGCUCGAAUGGUGGAAUUCAAUACGACAGGAAUGGCAGGAGAAUCCGAGCUUCCACCACCGGAUCCCUGCAGUCAUCGCCCACGAAAGUGGCGAAUCCGCUCUUGGAGCAAAUCCUGCAGAAGGUGGGUCACCUGCAGGACGAUCACGAGAUGGUACGGAAGCUACAGGACCUCCUGAGGACUUACCAGACUGGUCCAAGCGACAGUGCGGCGAACAUGGCGCUCACCAAGGCGUGGGUGGACAGUAACGGAACAGCGACUUUGUCGCAGGACAGUCCGGUGACGACGAACCCCAGGAAAGAUCCGAAGCCGGUGUCCGAGAGAGGAGCUUAUUCGAGGAUACCAGCACCGGUGUCCUACAAGAGACCGAUGUCCGUAGCAUCCGACAGCGUUUGA